AUGGUUGAAGCUCUUAUGGAGCAAGUAACUCCAGCGGCUUCAAGGACUACAUCAAAGGUGACUAUUAUCGGAGUGGGUCAGGUAGGCAUGGCAUGCGCGUACAGUAUAUUACAGCAGAACAUCGCCAGUGAAUUGUGUCUGGUCGAUGUGGUAGCUGACAAACUCAAAGGCGAGAUGAUGGACCUGCAACAUGGCGUCACAUUCACUGGUCGUUGCACCAUCAAUGCCGACACCGACUACUCCAUAACAGCUGGUUCAAAAGUCUGUGUCAUAACAGCUGGCGCCCGUCAGAAAGAAGGAGAGUCACGGCUUUCACUCGUUCAGAGGAACGUUGACAUCUUUAGAGGAAUCGUCAAAAAACUUGUUCAGUAUUCUCCUGAGACGAUCUUUUUGGUGGUGUCUAAUCCAGUUGAUGUGCUUACCUAUGUGACAUGGAAGUUAUCGGGAUUUCCAAAAGAACGCGUCAUUGGCUCCGGUACCAACCUCGAUUCGUCGAGAUUCCGCUUUUUGUUGUCGGAGAAGUUGAAAAUCGCUCCGUCUUCGUGCCACGGCUGGAUCAUUGGAGAACACGGCGACUCGAGUGUGGCAGUAUGGUCCGGAGUAAAUGUGGCGGGUGUUCAACUGGCAGAACUAAGUAAUAAUAUGGAUGGAAGUUUACAAACCUGGAAGCACGAAAUUCACAAAAAAGUGAUUGACAGUGCCUAUGAAGUCAUCAAAUUAAAGGGCUACACAUCUUGGGCUAUUGGGCUUUCAGCAGCCAAGAUCGUUCAAGCAAUUAUAAACAACUAUCGAAAUGUUUUUGCUCUCUCUACGAACGUGAAGGGACUUCAUGGCAUCACGGACGAUGUGUUUCUCUCACUACCGUGUGUUAUUGGCUCAAAUGGUCUCACACACAUCAUCAGGCAACAUCUCAACAAGGACGAGCUGAGUAUGCUUCAUAAAAGCUGGAAAACUCUCGUCGAAGUCCAGAAUAAACUUCAGUUGUGA